GUGCUUCUGACUACUUCCGGGGAAGGGGUGCGGUGCGGGGAAAGCGCCUGGGACGUGAGCGCAUGCGCGUUUGAGUCGGCGGCGGGGCUGGGCCGAUGUCGGCGCAUUUCGAAGAGCGCAGUGGGCUGGUGCCGUGCGCUGCCCCCUGGGGCCGCUGGUACCAGACCAUGGAAGAGGUCUUCAUCGAGGUGAACGUGCCCGAGGGGACCCGCGGGCGGGAUGUGAAGUGCAGCUUGCAGAGCCGGCAUCUGGCGCUGGCUGUGGCAGGGAAGGAGGUGCUCAAGGGUAAACUGUUUGAUUCUACAAUAGCUGAUGAAGCAACGUGGACAUUAGAGGAUCAGAAGUUAAUACGAAUUGUCCUAACAAAAACCAAUCGUGACGCUGGAAACUGUUGGAGUUCUCUGUUAGAGAAUGAGUAUGCUGCUGAUCCUUGGGUCCAGGACCAGAUGCAGAGGAAGCUAACGUUGGAGAGGUUCCAGAGAGAGAACCCUGGAUUUGACUUCAGUGGAGCAGAAAUUUCUGGAAACUACAACAAAGGAGGGCCAGACUUUUCUAAUCUUGAAAGAUAGCCGAAUGCCUUUAGCGGUGUUUAUUGAAAUAGGAAAUAGAGUUAUGGAGGACUUUUGGUAAUGGCUUUUAUUUAAAUUGUAAUAAUGUUGUCAUGAAAAAUAAACACUUAUGCAUAAAA